AUGGCCCCUCGCGCCCCUUCGAAGAAAGAGAAAGAGAAAGAGAAAGAAGCAACACCAGCGCGCAGUCCCUCGGUCCUAUCCGUCGCGUCCAACACGCCGCUUUCUUCUGUUGCGGAGGCUGGAAAAGAUGUUACGUCUUCCCCAUUGAAGGCUAGGAGUGAGGAGGCUAAGGUGAAGAAGUCUAGGGUUGGGGCUGGGGAGAAGAGGGGGAAGGGGAAGGGUGAGAAGGGUGAGAAAGGUGUUAGCGCUGUUGUGGGGGAGGACCGGGAGGAUGACGAGGAGAUGCAGGGUUUGGAAGGUGGAAAUGGAAAUGGAGGUGGUGAGGGUAUGAAAGAAGGAACUGGAACAGCAACAGCAACAGACAUCCUCAAACCCAAAACCGAAGACGCCAAAAUCAAAAAAUCCAAGCCAGCAUCUGAGAAAGCGAAGGUCGCUAAGGCGAAACUUGAGAAGGGUCUUGCUGCUUCGGAGAAAGCGAAGGUUGUUAAAGCAGGGAAGGAGAAGAAGGACGUCGCUGGUGGUAGUAAGGAGAAGGUUGAGAAGGGCAAAGAGAAGGCGGAAAAGGGUAAAGAGAAAGUUGAGAAGGUUAGUGGGGAGGAAGCUGAGAAGUUGAUUUUGCAGUAUUUGAAGGAGCAGAAUCGACCGUAUUCUGCGACGGAGAUUUCGGCCAAUUUGCAUGGGAAGGUGGGUUUUUAUUCUCUCUUGUCUUUUGUUUUGGUUGUUAAUUUGGGUCUUGGGGGAUUGUGGGAGUGAUGUUGGGGAUGGGAAGUGCAAUUGGUGAGCUAACGCGAACAGGUCACCAAAACACUCGCCGAUAAACUCCUCAAGGAAAUGGAGCAGAAUGGCCAACUACAAGCGAAAGCCACAAACGGUGAUAAGAAGGGGAGUCAAUGGGUCUUUUGGUAUCCCCAGGUUUGUAUUCCUCCCAUCAUUCUUUCUUUCCCCAUACUCCCAUCCAUCAACCUCCUACCCUCACUCCAUCCACCCUUCUCUCUUUCACGAGACAACACAAGAUUCUGUGUUAAGUACCACCCAGGACCCCUCCUCAACCGCCUCCCCCUCCGAACUAGCCGCCUACGAAUCCACCAUCCAAACCCUAACCACAACCACCAUCCCCCCUCUAAAAUACACCUUGAAAACCCUCACCGCAACACUCUCCACCAUCCUCUCCACACCAUCGACACCCGCUCUCGCUAUCUUGGUUGAGGAACUUCGCACCGGUAUCGCUGAGAAGAGUAUGCGUCUACAGGACUUGAAGGGUGAGGGUGAGGAACCGAGUCUGGAUAAGGCCUCGGGUCAGUGUGAGGGAAAGAGUGGUGGGGGUGGGGGAAAAGAAAAAGCAAAGAAAGCAGUCAAAAAAGAAGAAGCAGAGAAAAUUGAAAAAGAAUGGAAAUACUGGAAAGAUGCCCUCGGUCGACGGAAGAGGUGCUGGAAAGAGGUUGAGGGACAGCUUCUUGAGGGGAUGGGGAGGGAGGAGCUGUGGGAGCGGGUGGGGAUUGAGGUUGGUGAGGGGGAUGAGUUGUGGUUGAAGUAG